AUGUUUUUCUCUAUCAAUCCGCUCGCCGCAAUUGCUGAAUCGACAAAUACUUCGGGAUCGUGGCCAUAUGGACCUUUCAGCACUCAGGGUCGCGACAUUGUCAACACUAAAGGCGAGGCCCAAACCUUUGCUGGAGUCAACUGGCCUGGCAGCGGCGAGACCAUGGUUCCUGAAGGCCUUGAGUGGGCAUCUAUCGAGGAUAUUCUGUCUCAAGUCGAGAGUGUAGGGUUCAACUUCAUCCGCCUGACAUAUGCCAUUGAGAUGGUGGACCAAAUCUACGAGAGAAAUGGCUCCGACGUGGGUUUGGAAAUUGCUAUGAUCAAUGGCCUGGGCUAUGAGAAUGGCACCAAGGUGACCAACGAAAUCAUUGCUAAGAACCCUACUUUCAACAAAGACACCACCCGCUUCGAGAUCUGGGACCACAUUGCUCAAGUCGCCCAGUCCAAGAACAUCUUCAUCCACCCCGACGUACACGUCGGUAAAGCACAAUGGUGCUGCAACAACACAGAUGGUAACGCCUGGUUCGACGACUACAACUUCCCCGUCGCAAACUGGAAGCGCGGUCUCCAACACGUAGCCCAAUGGGCCACAAAGCACAACAAUGUCGUCUCCAUGUCGCUGCGCAACGAACUCCGCCGUGCCAUCAACGAGACUGCUCCCACUUCCACCCUCGGCUACAACUGGGUAACGCUGGUAGGCAACUACACAGCAGCCACCGACGCCAUCCACGAAUCCAACCCAGACCUGUUGGUAACAUGGUCAGGAAUGCAAUACGAUCAAGAUCUCUCCGCCCUAAUCCAAGGCAAAAACCUCAACACCGCACCCUGCUACAAAUGCGAUGCCAUCCGCGACGGCCUCCGCAGAGAACCCAUCAUCUUCGAUCUAGCCAGCCACCCCUGGGCCAACAAAGUAGUCUACGAACUCCACCUAUACAGCAUGUCCGAAGACCUCGACACGGGAUCCUGCCCCAUCGUCUUCGCAGAACUGUAUAAUGCCGGUUUCAACGCAAUCGGAAUGGCCCCACCACCCGCUUGCAACAUCACUCAAAACUGCCAUCCUGCUGUCAGAAAUACUCCUGUUAUCAUUUCAGAAUUCGGAGCUGCGCAGGAUGUCACGCUGCUGAAUAACACUUUGAUGAAUUGUUUGAAGGAUUUCACGGUGCAGAAUAAUGUUUCUUGGGCUAUGUGGAGUUUGGCUGGAAGCUAUAGGAUUCGCAGUGGUGGGCAGGGUGUUGGUGAUACUUGGGCGCUGGGCAACUACAACUGGACUGGUUGGAAUUACCCUGAAGGUGUAGAGUCGUGGUGGAAGCCUUGGAUUAGCUCAAUGUUCGAUUAG